AUUUUUUUAGUCCAUGGAGUAAAAACUAAGACCGUCAAAAUAUGUAAGUGUCAGAAGGAAGUACUAUGGAGGUUGGAGAGGGAACGAUAUUAUCCCUGGAUUCCUCUGGACAACAGGAUAUAGACGAUUACUUUGUAUUUAACAGUGACUUUGUCGCACAAGCUCCUAACCAGAUUACUUGUUUACAAGAAGAUAAGGUCCAGCUUAUCAAAAAAGUGAAUGAUGACUGGUGGUUGAUACGAACAACACUAGGAGCUCAGGGACAGGUUCCAGCCAAACAACUGGACUUCUACUUUGAACCGGCUGAACCAGAAAAGCAGCCUGGUCCUUCUAAUGGCGCAUUCAAGAGAACUGCAUCGAAGAUUUUCCAGCGGACCAAUUCCGUCAGAGGUAUCAAAGUGUCCACAUCGGCAAUCAAGAACUCCACUAACAAGCUGAAAGGUCAGUUUACCCCCAAAAGGAAGACCACAAAAAUUGGAGCAGAUUCUCCCUCUAACAUUCCACCUGAGACGGAAAAAUCUCGGGGCUGGGGCUUCGUUAAGAACAAGAUUCUUGGUGACAGUAAGAAGAAAGGGGUUACGAAAAAUACCGAACAAGAAAGUAAUCAGAACGAAGAGAAAACGACCGCCCAGCCAGCAGUCCCAGACGUUAAAGUAGUCAACAGCACACCCAACAAACCUCCCCGCAGAAACAAACUACUUUCUGCAGACAGUCACACCACCCAGGGUAGUCAUGUGACUGUAGCUAGUCAGGGGACUACUGGAAGCAGGGGGACUGCUAUCUCUGUCAUGAGACUGACUACGGAAGGGAACAAAGAAGAAUCGCCCGAGUCAGAAUCUACCCCCAAAAUCACCCCACGAAGUGGCGAUCUCAGUUUGAAUGAAAGCUGUGUAUGGGACAGCUUUGCCGAAAUGCAGGAAUAUCACAACGUUCAGCCAGUUGAUAAUCAAAAAGAAAACAUGGCCAGUCCGAUAGAUGAAGACGGGGACGACGUUGCCAUGGUUGUUCAAGCAGAGAUGGAGAGGCAGUCAAUAGAGCGGCAAUCGAGCACAGAUACGUCUAACUUGGAGAGUGGGAGUGAAGUUGCUAUAGACACUCUACCAGACCCCCCAGCUCCGGGAACUUUCUCCCCUGCCCGUGUCUUAGUCUCCUCUUCCUCCCCCUUCGUCCCUCAUACCUCCUCCUACGGGCUAGCUGCUCUUUCUCCUACUCACGCAGGAAGCACAUUGACUGUAGUACAAGACCUGACUCCCAACUGUAGCACUGAAGAUCUUCUAGCAAUUCCGACCUCAGAAUCUGAGCCACAGAGCAUGCUGACCGAGAAUGAGCUACAAGACAUCCUCUCCCCCAAACACCACAACAUACCACCACCCUCCUCCUCGACACCACAACGUCAGAAGACAGCAGCUAGAUCCCUACAGUACGAGGAGGAGGGGGAGGAUCUUAGGGGGGUACCUGACCCUCCUACAACUCAGAUAACACCCACUAAGAGACACAAGCCAUGUAAGCGUGCCCCUAGUACCAUGAGUAAUAUGAGCAUACUGAGUGAUAUGAGCAGCGCCCCGAGCGAGGCACCUUCUUUUAGUGGCACUAAGAGUGGGAUCCAUUACUUCUCCCCACCACCCGAAAGAAAAGACGCUGGUAGUGAAUCUGAUGCUGGUAGUGUUCUCGACACGCCCCGUAUCCAACGUAUCAUUAAAAGUGAUCCGGUAUACACACAAAUCGUGGACGAUUCUGCUGGAAAGCCCUGAAGUUUCCGAACAAGAGGAUGUUUUUAUCAGUACAUGAGUCUUAUGAUAUGGAGAGAGAAAAGAAGAGAAGAUAAGGGGUCAGAAUGAUGAUAAGGUUCCGAGCAAUGUAGAGGAUUCCGCCGACCAGCCAACCUCACAAGGAUCAGAUCCUAAAUGGGAUGAGUAUGCUAGGAAGGUUCGGGAAAAGAAGAAGAAGGAUGAUGAAGAACGAUUUAAAAAGGAGAAAAAGGACGACGAAGAGCGACUUAAAAGGGAUGAAGAAAAGAUCAAGAAAAAACAAGGAAGAAGCUGGUUCAUGAAGAACAGAAAAGAUCCCAAAGAUAAGACUGACAAUAAUUUCGUGAAGAGAAAAGAGUCGGAACAAGCAUUUGACACCACUGCAAGUUCUACUAACACCCUUACUAACACCCCAACUAACACCCUUACUAACACCUCGAGUAACAAUCUCACAGACACUCCCUCCAGCCACAUUAUAUCCGAGACUAAACCCCCACCAGUCACCCACUCAGAGCAACCAAUCAGCAACAAGCUGUCUGAUGACGUCACAGAGCAAGCACCAUCUUCCAACAAACCAGCUCGUCCUCCACUCCCUCGGAAGAAAAAACUACAACGACAGAACACUCUAAAUGAAGACUCCCGGCCUGAUCAACCCGUGAGCACAGAGCCAGUUUCCUCAGACAUCAGUGUUCCAACCUCUGGGUCGUCGGAGUACGCGACCGCGUGUACCUCGCUUAGUGAAUCAGGGACUCAGGGCUAUACUAGUGAUACUUUGAGGGAUGUUCUGUCUUUACCAGUUGUUGAUGAGAUAUCAGAAGCAG